AUGCUGCUCCCUGCCGUUCACUUCUCCGCCUUGCUCCUCGCUUGCAUCUUCGCCAAAAGCUUCUCGGCUUUCAAGAACGAUGCCACCGAGAUCCUUUACUCGCACGUCGUCAAACCCGCUCCGGCGAGCCCCGGCAGCAACAGCACGCUGAACCAGGCCCGGAACGGCGGCCGGCACUACGCGGGCACGGCGCCCGAGCGCGGCAAUCGGGUUCAAGUUGGCUGCCGGGAGCUGAGAUCCACCAAAUACAUUUCAGACGGCCAGUGCACCAGCAUCAACCCCCUGAAGGAGCUGGUGUGUGCUGGUGAAUGCCUCCCUUUGCCGCUGCUCCCCAACUGGAUUGGAGGAGGGUACGGAACCAAGUACUGGAGCAGGCGGAGCUCGCAGGAGUGGAGAUGCGUCAACGACAAAACUCGCACCCAGAGGAUCCAGCUGCAGUGCCAGGAUGGAAGUAUAAGAACCUACAAAAUAACUGUGGUCACGGCCUGCAAGUGCAAGCGCUACACCAGGCAGCACAAUGAGUCCAGCCACAACUUUGAGGGAACCUCUCAAGCAAAGCCCAUCCAGCAUCACAAAGAGAGAAAAAGAGCCAGUAAAUCCAGCAAACACAGUACAAGUUAG